ACAGUGCGCAAACUGGCAGAAACCACUGCAGGACACUCUUAAUGUUCUCCCGAAACGAUGUGUCAACCACCGGACAGAGGAUAAACACGAAGCUAAACCACGAGACAGGUCAGGCGCACCACUUAGACUAUUUGAACAUUACUGUCAUGAUGGGGGAAACGUAAGCUAAGCUAGGAAGCUGUUAGCUAGUGGUUUGCACUGCAGAAGAAGAGGAUACAGGGGCUAAAUGGAUAACCAUGGCAACAGCAGCAGCAGGAGAAGCGUUGAGCAGCAGCUUACGACAGCGAUAUAAACACUGAACACAGACCGGGAAGGCAUCAUACAUCCGCCGACCGAAAGGCAAGUGUCGCUGCAGGUUGUAAAGCCAAAGCCUUGUGGAUAUUAAUUAGACAGUGGUGGACACUGGGUAUUGCGUGGAGAUUCUCAGCGCAUCAGUGAGCAAGGGGAUGACCUGGAACAUAUCAUGUCUGAAGUACAGGGAACGUUGGAGUUUUCUGUAGAGCUGCACAAGUUUCACAAUGUGGAUCUCUUCCAGAGAGGAUUCUACCAGGUCCGAGCAGGGCUGAAGGUCUCUCCUCGUGUACCACACAGGUUGAUAGCAACAACACCAGGGAAUGCAGGUGACUGUAGUUUCAGCUCUGCGGCGGUCCAUGAUGGGGUCCAUGAGGACACUACGGUGUUCAGCCGGAUCUUCCAGAUCCUCUACCGAAACGAAGAGGUCAACGUUGAUGACCGCAUGCUCUUCAAGGUCCACUUGCUGCUGGACGGUGAAAGGGUGGAAGAGGCUCUGAGUGAAGUCGACUUUCAGUUGAAGCUGGACCUUCACUUCACAGACAACGAGGAACAGUUAGGGGACAUCGUGACGGUCCCAGUCAUCAGCAGUAGAACCCUGGGUCUCCACUUCCACCCCAGGAGAGGUCUCCACCACAAUGUACCUGUGAUGUUCGACUACUUCCACCUGUCCGUCAUCUCUGUUUCCAUACACGCAUCCUUGGUGGCCUUGCAUCAACCUCUCAUCAGUUUUGCCCGUACAGGGAAGAGUUCCUGGUUGGGGAAGGGCUCUCCAGAGAACGGUACUGACGCGUCGGCCAUGGGGGUAUCCAUGGAGAACCUGAUGUUUGGGGCUGGAUACUGCAAACCUGUCAUCACAGAGGGUAGUUUCUACGUCCCUAGUGAGAACUGUCUUCAUAGAGCUCACACGUGGCAUGGUAGACUCUGUCGCCUCCUACUGGUGGUACACCGAGGCGUACGCUCCUACUACACCACUCUGAUGAAGGAGAUACCACAGCUGGACCAAGUGGAAAUAGAGGAGCUACCUGUGGAAGAAACAUUAAAUCAGCUCACAAUAGAAUUACAGCUGCAGGGGGGCCAUGAGAAGGUAGCAGAACAGAUCAGUAGAGAUCUCACCCUGCUCUGCUCCCAGCUGUCGGCUUUGUGGACCCGCUUCCUGGAGGCUGCCGUACCCAACACACAUAUCCUGGCCCACCUGGCCCAGGAACACCACACACUCAGGGUCAGGCGGUUUUCAGAGGCAUACUUCUUCACAGAACACCCCAAAGAGACAUCCCUGACAUUUCAAGAGGACCUGAUCAACAGACACGGUCAGAUAGCUGUGGAGGUGCGUAACUCCAACUACCUGACCAGGAUGCCACCGUUACCUGUAGAGUGCCUGGACAUUGACGGAGACUGGAACAGCCUGCCUAUCAUCUUCGAAGACAGAUAUGUAGAGUCUCCACGGACAGAUUGGGGAUCAUAUGCACCAACACAUCUGCCCACCAGUGAGCAGACCAUCCCCAAGCGUCCUGUCAAUGAUGCAAACAUUAGUCUUCCUGCCCUGGACCAGCUCGCCAGCUCACCAGCAAUACUAACCCAGGAGCCUAAAGACAGUGAGGCUACGUACAGGUCUCUCAUAGGAGAGCAGAGCACCAGCAUUAUUACUGACAAGAUAGGUUCUCCAUCUAUUGAGACUCCAGACCCAGACCAGGCAGAAACAGACCGGGGAGAGCCAGUCCAGCCAGGGGAUCCAGAGGAGCAGACUGAGACAGAGGAGAUCUCAGAGGAGAGCCCUGGUUUAGGCCUGAGAUUCCUUACAGUCAGACCCACUGAUGCGGAUCUGUUCAGAGGAGAGGCAGUGCUGAUAUUCUCCUCCAACCACAAACACUGUACAGACCCACAACAUACUUCUAACAGUGAAGACACGACUUGGAAAGACUUGGAGAACCACCAGGACAUCAUCACACAGAGAUACCAGAACAUUAUUAGUACAGGAAUUGAUUUGGAUGUAGAAGAGAAGGACGUUGCUAUAGACACCGACAGCAAGGAUGUUCCUCUGAGCAGUCUAUCCACUAACCCCCAGGCUCCACUCAAAGAUCAUCCCCUCACGCCCCCUCUACCUACAGACCUGAGGAGAGAACUGGCCAACCGAGGGGUGGGGGUUGGUGGCUCCAAGAUCCUAAACCGCUCCCCCUCCGUCAUCUCCGACUCUGGCAUCGAGAGCGAGCCCAGCUCGAUGGCCUGGCCCCUGGACGUUUAUCGGACGGGAGGAGGGCGCCCUCUGGAAGAGAGCCUGGUACUGCAGCGCCUGGCGAGGAGACACCCGGCCCACCGCAGUUCCCUGGAGGGCUUGCAGACAGAGAGUGGAAACAGCGGGGGCAGCCUGCCCAGUAGAGGGGGUGGUAGCGCUGGCAUCCAGGCCUCCCUCACCUCCAUCUCCUCCCUUCCCUACGAGGACGACGAGGAACAGAGGAACCAGCUCAGUAAACUGACCAAGUCUGUCUCAGCUCCUCAGAUCUCCAGCCCUGAGGACACAGAGGAGGACAAGGGAGGAGCGGAGGAGGAGGUAGACACGGAGAGCGAGGGGACCAGCGGGUACCAGGACCAGGAGGAUGGAUACACUACCAUCUCCACUGCUGCCACUAAUGUAACGACUGGGGGUUUGAUCAGACACCUGGAGUCCUUAUCCGAGGUUAACCACUCCUCUCUGGAGGACAUCCAGGAGGGAGAGCUGCCUGAGGUUGGUCUGUUUGACUGGGGAGCAGCUCCCUCACCACCCCAGCAGGUGACCAGAGCUCAUCAGGAGAAUGGUUGUGAUCUUAAAGAAACUCUUAGAUCUAAUGAAUCUGCUCUGCCAGAGGCCCUGUCAGACAUUCAGGACAUGAAGGCAGUCUUAAGUGGCGUUAGUCGAGUUCCUGAAGUCUUGUUGUUCCAACAGUAUGUUGAAGGUCAUGAUGACGUGAAGGAUCCAGCUAUAGCCCGUCAGAUGGAGGAUAAGAACCAUCACAGAGGAGAUAGCCGUGGUGUCUCAAACUCAGUGGACCCAGGUCCCUGUGAAGUAGACAUCGCCCCCUGUAGCUGUGAGACCAAACCCUGUGAACAUGACAGCAGUGUGCUGGUGGAUGAUGUGACGGAUAAUCCAGUCAGGGAUGACUGUCAGAGUCUCCAUCAGAUUGGGUUGAACGACUUUGUUGACCAGGAACGGCUGGAUCAUCACCAGACUCCGUCCCAGAGCCUCCAUCGGGUCGGGUUGCGUGACCUAGUGGUGGUCUCACAGAGGAAGAGCCUCCAUGACCCCAGGCCUAUCCCCUCUAUCCCCAACCACACAGAGAGACCCAUCCACCUCCUAGGCCUUAUUGCCAAUGAUACGGCCAGGCCUGAUGACCUCAUAGGGCUCCCGGCCAAUGAGAGAGAGCAGCUGGAUCUCAACAGUCAGACCAAGCCGGCUAAGAUCCCCAGUAGCUCGGGGUCAGGGACGGGCUCGGGGUCAAGCUCAGGGUCAAACUCAGGGUCAGGCCUGUCCUUUAUGAACAGGAAGAUGGUGGAGGUGGUGAAUAUGUCUGUGUCCUGCGCUCCGACCUGUCUUCCCUUCUCCUCCGUUGUCCGGGACUCACCGUCCAUUAGCGGCAUCUCCACUCGACAAGCCGCAUCCCCCAUUACCCAUCAGCCCCUGGGCUCCUUCGGCAUCAUCUCUUCGUCCUCGUCCAAUGCCCUGGGGCCAGAUGACGAAACAAACGAGAGGAUGCUGCAUUUCUACAGGUCCAAAGAGGAUCUGGUGAAGGAGCUGGUAUUCCAGGCAACCCUGUACAGUGACCUCCCUCACCUGGCCUCCGACCUGCCCUACUUCCCCCCCGAGGAGGAGGAUGAGGAGUUUGAGGAUGGCAUACACCUGGUCGUCUGUGUCCACGGCCUUGAUGGCAACAGUGCAGACCUUCGCCUGGUGAAGACCUUCAUAGAGCUGGGAUUACCAGGGUCCAGACUGGACUUCCUCAUGUCUGAGAGGAACCAGACUGACACGUUUGCAGAUUUUGACACCAUGACGGACAGGCUACUAGACGAGAUUAUCCAGCACAUUCAGCUGUACAACCUCACCGUCGGGCGGAUAAGUUUCAUCGGUCACUCACUGGGGAACGUGAUCAUCCGGUCUGUUCUGACGAGGCCUCGGUUCCGCUGUUACCUGAUCAAACUGCACACCUUCCUGUCUCUGUCCGGACCACACCUGGGAACGCUGUACAACAACAGCACGCUGGUCAGCACAGGUCUGUGGCUGAUGCAGAAGCUGAAGAAAUCCGGAUCGUUGCUGCAGCUUACCUGCAGAGAUCAUACCGAUCCUCGGAAAACUUUCCUCUAUCUCCUCAGCCAGAAACCAGGGCUCCAGUUCUUCAAGAAUGUGGUGUUGGUGGCAUCGCCUCAGGACAGAUAUGUUCCCUUCCACUCUGCCAGGAUAGAGAUGUGCAGGACUGCACUCAAAGACAGGACCACAGGUCCAGUGUACACAGAGAUGAUCAACAACCUGCUCCAGCCGUUGGUGGGGGCUAAAGACUGUCGUCUGAUUCGCCAGAAUGUGUUCCAUGCCCUGCCCAACACCGCAAACACUCUGAUUGGCCGAGCCGCUCACAUCGCCGUGCUCGACUCUGAACUCUUCUUGGAGAAGUUCUUCCUGGUAGCAGGGCUCAACUACUUUAAAUAGAACUUCAAACUACUUAAAACAGUAUUUCAAACUACAUUAAAGGGAUACUUCAGGAUUUUGGCAAUGAAAUCCUUUAUCUACAUCCCCAGAGUCAGAUUAACUUGUGGAUACCUUUUGUAUGUCUCUGUGUGCAGUUUGAAGGAAGUUGCUAACUAGCGUUAGCGCAAUGACUGGAUGUCUAUGGUAACUGCUAGAAUGCUAUAUAUCAUAGACUUCCAGUCAUCGCGCUAACGCUAGUCAGCAUUUGCUCACAAAACAACCUCUAACUUCCUUCAUACUGGAUGCAGAGACAUGGAUAAAAAUGUAUGAGUUCAUCUGACUAUGGGAAAGUAGAAAAAAGGGCUUCAUUGCCAAAAACACGAAGUAUCCCUUUAAAUAGAGGCUCACCUACUUCAAGUACAGGCUCAAAUACUUAAAGUAGAACCACUACUUCAAAUAGAGCUGUAACUACAAAGAAACUGUGUGUAUGUAUAUAUAUAUAUAUAUAUAUAUAUAUAUAUAUAUAUAUAUAUAUGUAUGUAUGUAUGGCUUAGAGGGGCCCUAGGUCUAUAUGAAGAUCUCCUUGUUGUGGUUGACUGGAAAGGAGGAUUUGGUGAGAGAAAGGGGGUUGCACCAUGACUAUAUACAAUGUGUGUGUGUGUGUAUAUAUAUAUAUAUAUAUAUAUAUAUAUAUAUAAACCCUGGAAUGAGUAGGUGUGUCCAAAGUUUUGACUGGUACUGUGUGUGUAUAUAUAUUUCUUUAUAUUUUUACUAUUUUCUACAUUGUAGAAAUAAGAGUGAAGACAUCAAAACUAUGAAAUAACACAUAUGGAUUCAUGUAGUAACCAAAAAAGUGUUAAACAAAUCAAAAUAUAUUUUAUUCAAAGUAGCCACCCUUUGACUUGAUGACAGCUUUGCACACUCUUGGCAUUCUCUCAACCAGCUUCAUGAGGUAGUCACCUGGACUGUAUUUCAAUUCACUUUUUAGGGAUAGGGGGCAGCAUUUUCACUUUGGAUGAAUAGCGUGCCCAGAGUGAACUGCCUCCUACUCUGUCCCAGAUGCUAAUAUAUGCAUAUUAUUAUUACUACUGGAUAGAAAACACUUUGAAGUUUCUAAAACUGUUUGAAUGAUGUCUGUGAGUAUAACAGAACUCAUAUCAGUGGUCUGGCAGAGAGCCAGGUCAUGGUCACACGCAUUCCACAUGAUAUCGACUUGCGUUUCCAUUACUUCUAUAGACACCAAGGAAUUCUCCGGUUGGAACGUUAUUGAAUAUUUAUGAUAACAACAUCCUAAAGAUUGAUUCUAUACUUAGUUUGACAAGUUUAUUCAACCUGUAAUAUAACUUUUUGAAGUUUUCGUCCGAAGUUCGCUGGACCUGCACGAGCGUUUGAAUAUGUGUACUAAACGUGCUAACAAAAGUAGCUACUUGGACAUAAAUAAUGGACAUUAUCGAACAAAACAACUAUUUAUCGUAGAACUAGGAUUCCUGGGAGUGCAUUCUGAUGAAGAUCAUCAAAGGUAAGGGUAUAUUUAUAAUGUACUUUCGUAUUUCUGUUGACUCCAACAUGGCGGAGAAGUGUUGUUUCUAUCUGAGCGCCGUCUCAGAUUAUUGUAUGGUUUGCUUUUUCCGUAAAGUUUUUUUUAAAAUCUGACACAGCGGUUGCAUUAAGAACAAGUGUAUCUUUAAUUCUAUGUAAAACAUGUAUCUUUCAUCAAAGUUUAUGAUGAGUAUUUCUGUUAUUUGAUGUGGCUCUCUGCAAUUUCUCCGGAUAUGUUGGCGGCAUUUCUGAACAUGGCGCCAAUGUAAACUGACCUUUUUGGAUAUAAAUAUGCACAUGAUCGAACAAAACAUACAUGUAUUGUGUAACAUGAUGUCCUAUGAGUGUCAUCUGAUGAAGAUCAUCAAAGGUUAGUGAUUAAUUUUAUCUCUAUUUCUGCUUUUUGUGACUCCUAUCUUUGGCUGGGAAAAUGGCUGUGUGUUUUUUAACUUGGCGGUGAUCUAACAUAAUCAUAUAUUGUGUUUUCGCUGUUAAGCCUUUUUUAAAUCGGACACGAUGGGUAGAUUAACAAGAUGUUUAUCUUUCAUUUGCUGUAUUGGACUUGUUAAUGUGUGAAAGUUACAUAUUUAAAAAAUAUAUUUUGAAUUUCCCACGCUGCCUUUUCACCGGAAUGUUGUCGAGGGGUUUCGCUAGUGUGUCCUAGAAAGGUUAACAGGUGUACCUUGUUAAAAGUUCAUUUGUGGAAUUUCAUUCCUUCUUAAUGCGUUUGAGCCAAUCAGUUGUGUUGUGACAAGGUAGGGGUGGUAUACAGAAGAUAGCCCUGUUUGGGAAAGACCAAGUUCAUAGUAUGGCAAGAACUUUGAAAGUUUCUUCAAGUGCAGUCACAAAAACCAUCAAUCGCUAUGAUGAAACUGGCUCUCAUGAGGACCGCCACAGGAAAGGAAGACCGAAAGUUACCUCUGCUGCACAGGAUAAGUUCAUUAGAGUUACCAGCCUCAGAAAUUGCAGCCCAAAUAAAUGCUUCACGGAGUUCAAGUAACAGACACAUCUCAACAUCAACUGUUCAGAGGAGAUUGUGUGAAUCAGGCCUUCAUGGUCGAAUUGCUGCAAAUUUACCACUACUAAAGGACACCAAUAAGAAGAAGAGACUUGCUUGAGCCAAGAAACCCGAGCAAUGGACAUUAGACCGGUGGGAAUCUGUCCCUUAAUCUGAUGAGUCCAAAUUUGAUAUUUUUGGUUCCAACCACCAUGUCUUUGUGAGAUGCAGAGUAGAUGAACGGAGGAUCUCUGCAUGUGUGGUUCCCACCAUAAAGCAUGGAGGAGGAGGUGUGAUGGUGUUGGGGUGCUUUGCAGGUGACACUGUCAGUGAUUUAUUUAGAAUUCAAAGCACACUUAACCGGCAUGGCUACCACUGCAUUCUGCAGCGAUACGCCAUCCCAUCUGGUUUGCGCUUAGUGGGACUAUCAUUUGUUUUUCAACAGGGCAAUGACCCAAAACACACGUCCAGGCUGUGUAAGGCCUAUUUGACCAAGGUGAGUGAUGGAGUUUUGCAUCAGAUGACCUGGCCUCCACAAUCACCCAAUUGAGAUGGUUUGGGAUGAUUUGGACCGCAGAGGGAAGGAAAAGCAGCCAACAAGUGCUCAGUGAAUGUCAGAACUCAUUCAAGACUGUAGGAAAAGCAUUCCAGGUGAAGCUGAUUGAGAGAAUGCCAACAGUGUGCAAAGCUGUCAUCAAGGCAAAGGGUGGCUACUUUGAAGAAUCUCAAAUAUAUUUUGAUUUGUUUAAUAUUGUAACGAUUGUUCUCCUCCUCGUCCUCCGCGCCGGAUAUACCGGACCGUGCAGGCGUACUGGCUCCCUUGAGCACCGAGCCUGCCCAACCUUACCUGGUUGUAUGCUCCCCGUAGCCCGACCAGUGCGGGGAGGUGGAAUAACCCGCACUGGGCUGUGUUGGCGAACCGGGGACACCAUGCGUAAGGCUGGUGCCAUGUAUGCCGGCCUGAGGAGACGCACUGGAGACCAGACGCGUUGAGCCGGGCUUCAUGGCACCUCGCUCAAUGCUCAAUCUAGCCCUGCCAGUGCGUAGAGGUGGAAUAACCCGCACCGGGCUAAGCACACGUACAGGAGACACCGUGCGCUUUACCGCAUAACACGGUGUCUGCCCGUACUCUUGCUCUCCACGGUAAGAUCGGGAAGUUGGCGCAGGUCUCCUACCUGACUUCGCCACACUACCGCCACACUACCCCCCCCCCCCCCC